AAAAAUAGCAACAGCCAUGGCACACAGCUACAGGCUCACAGCCCCCUGCAUCUAAGAUGGCUGCACUCUCCGGCCGUUACAUGGAGUUCCACCAGGUCCACGGGACCAAUGUGAGGAUAGACCCUACAGGAACGCAGGCCACCCGAGUGGAGAGCUUCGCCAAUGGGGUCUGCUUCAGCAAACAGCCCCUGCUGCCUGGAGAGCUCUUCCUCGUGGAGAUCGAGGAGAAGGAGCUCGGCUGGUGUGGCCACCUAAGGGUUGGCCUGACCGGCAUCGACCCCCGGAGCCUGGCAGUGGUGCCUGAAUACUCCCUCCCGGACCUGGUCAGCCUGGGAGACAGCUGGAUAUUUGCCAUCACCCGGAACCACAACCGGGCCCCUCCGGAGGAAGGGGAGGAGGAAGAGGGGGUGUCCAGCAGGUCCAAGGACUUCUUCACCGCCUCCCACCUGCAGAUCGGGAGCACACGCAUCCCCAUGGACAAGCUGGUUGGGCGCAGCCGGCCCGGGAGGUUCAGCCACAUCCUGGACGACCUGUACAAGACCAACGCCUUGCCUCCCACGGCCCGCAGGAGCAGGAUCGGGGUGCUGUAUGUGCCCAGGGCCCCGGGCACCGCCGACAUGCACAUCGUGAUCAAUGGAGAGGACAUGGGGCCCUGCUCCCGGGGGAUCCCCACACACCAGCCGCUCUACGCUGUGGUGGACGUCUUUGCAGCUACCAAGAGCGUGAGAGUGGUCCAGCUGGAGUACGGCUUUCCCUCCCUGCAGACUCUGUGUCGGCAGAUCAUUCAGAAGCACAUUGUACACAGGACAGCCAUCGCCUGGCUCGAUCUGCCUCGGCUUCUCAAGCACGUCUGCAUGUAUGAUUGAAGAAGGGGGCACGCUAUACUCCACAGCAGAGCUGGGAUGGGUACAUCUGGGGGUUACCAUGUACACUAGGAGAGUUGGGCACACCCCAAUGCAUUCUGGUAAGUGUAGUUGUGAAAGGUGCACCAGAAUGACCUACCAGAAUGCAUUGCGAUGUGAGUGGAAACCCAGAACUGACCGAGUCACAUGGUAACCCUAGCCACAACAUAAACCGCUCCAAACCCUGCAGGGCUGCAUGCACGCUGUUAUAAAAGCACUACCGAUUUCAUACCUCUCACUGCUGUCUUCCCUUUGAGCUUCCCAAUGUGUGAGGCUGGCUGCUAGAGCGCUGUUCAUUGUGGAAUGAAGAGUUUACAUUGAUGUGUUACAGCAAGUAAAAUAAAGCAGGACUACUUGCAAAUGUGUUGUCUGCUUUCUUACCAGUCAAGUUACUGGCAAACAGGAUAACACUAUGUAACACAAUUUUUGUUCCUGGGUAGUAAGUGUUAUUUCCUAAUUGCUUAUGCCUCAAAAG